CAAGUAACACGUAGCUACUUGCGUCAUUACGCUUACGCAAUGUUGUGCCAAAUCUGGAGGGGAAAAAAUCAAGCAGCAACGUUUUUAUCUGGCUAUUAAAUGAAGUCAGCGGAGGAAACACAGAUUCGGAGGUUCGUUUCUGGACAACUCCGUGAUUGUCCUGACCUAAGCACAUUGACUCUUGGCAUCUUAAGAGGGCGGUAUUUGGCAUGUGCUGGCCAGGACUCACUAAACCAGGAGAACAGACAGUUGAUGAAGAGAGUGGUAGAGGAGGAACUGCUGAGGAUGCAGGUAAAGAUGUUUGACAGUGACAGCAGUGACAAUGAAGCCAUUAACCACGUUACCCCGACGCCUCUCCACAACAAACGGAAGAGGGGUGAGGAGGAGGAGAAAGGAGGCAGGACCAAAGCAGAUGGAUCCAAGGCAAAGAGAUCUCGGCUUCAGUUGGCCCAAUCAGAUUCCCCAGAUUCUGGACUCGAGAGAGUGGGAAAUGGAGAAAGGCAGAUGGCGGAAGAAGAGGGGAAGGACAUGGAAAGUGUUGAGCAAGUUUCCCAAAUCGGCACCAAGAAAAACAAAGGGGGACACAAAGGAGUACACGAUGGUGGGAAGACUGAAACUAGCUCAGAAAGUGAUGUUGAGAUCAAAACGGUGAAUCAGAGGAAGAGAGAAAAUGACUCCCAAAUCGGCACCAAGAAAAACAAAGGGGGACACAAAGGAGUACACGAUGGUGGGAAGACUGAAACUAGCUCAGAAAGUGAUGUUGAGAUCAAAACGGUGAAUCAGAGGAAGAGAGAAAAUGACUCCCAAAUCGGCACCAAGAAAAACAAAGGGGGACACAAAGGAGUACACGAUGGUGGGAAGACUGAAACUAGCUCAGAAAGUGAUGUUGAGAUCAAAACGGUGAAUCAGAGGAAGAGCGAACAUGACUCUGAAGUCGAGGAAGAAGAUUUUGAGGAGAACAAAAAUGGGAAACGAGAUGAAACCCACAAACAGGAAAAGGACAAAGUCAAUUCAGAAAGUGACUCUGAAGAGGAUAAAAAAAGAGCGGGAGGAAAAGAAAAUGAGGAUGUGAAAGUGCAGAGCAAGUGUUUGAAAAGGAGGGAGAGAGAACCAUUGCAGAGAAGAGAAAGAGUGCAGGUUGUUGGGAGUGACUCGGAGCACAAUGGAGAGGCUGAAGUAAUGGUGCAGAAAGGGGUAAAAAUACAAAGAAAUGACAACGGCUCCAGGUCAGAGAGUGAGAGAGAAAAGAAUGACGGUGCAUCUUCAGAGGAAGCCAGCGGGGGAGAGGAUGAAACCAAAGAAGUGACGGUUAAGACGAAGGAUGAGCCAGCCCAAGACUCUGACUCUGGCUCAUCCCUCCCAUCAUUGGAGGACGAACAGGAAAGUGAGGUCAGGCCAGAACAGGUGAAAAAGAGGAAGUCUGUGGCGAAGCGGCCAAUAAAGGGUGAGAGUGGAUCCAAAGGUGGAAAGGACAACCGGGCGGUAGCCAAGCUGAGGCGUUACAUCUCCCUCUGUGGUGUGAGACGGAACUACAAGAAGCUCCUGGAUGGCUGCUGCUCCAUCAAGUCAAAGGUGGCUGUGCUGAAGAGGGAGCUUGAAGAACUGGGUGUCAAAGGCCAGCCUUCUAUAGAGAAGUGUAAGAAAGCCAAACUUAAGAGAGAGGAGGCUCAGGAGUUGGCAGACCUAGAUGUCUGCAACAUCAUAACUACACAAGGUCGUCCAAAGCGGAGAGGGGUGUCCAAUUGGCAGCAACAGUCCUCCCCUCCAUCCUCUGCUUAUAAGCGUGUAGUCAACUCAAGCUCAGACAGUGAAGAGGACAGUCACGCAGGCAGGGGGCGCAAGAGAGCCACAGACUGGAGUAAUCUGCGGGGGAUCAUCAGUGAUGACGCAGACAGCAACUGACAGGCUUUGCUCUUCUGGUCAGGAGGAUCAAGUUGCCUCCAGACGAGAAGUCUUCACAGGUCCAAAAAGUUGGACCGGUACCGAAAUGGACCUUGGGCUUUCCCACCCGGACCCGAUAUGCAUGAAACAUUCUAGACCCGUUCCUGGUCCUCUCCACACCCGAUCCGAAUGAGAAAAGCAACAGAAAAGUAUUAUUUUUUAAAGCUACUUUAUUCUGGAAACGAACCCGACCAGGUAUUUGGGUACAGAUGGGUCCGUGAAGACCUUCACUUUUGCAUUUUCCUCUACACUAUGGAAGCUUAGUUGCUGGUUGUUUUACUGCCCAUUUUAGCUUAAUGUUGUCUGUAUGGUUCUCAGAUACACAUGAUUAAGGCCUAGAUUCAAUCAGAUCAGCAAUGGCAUACACUUGCAUAGCAGAUGUUUUGGUGGUGUCAGAGAUGGAACUGUGUUUGUGCUGUCAAAUCUGUGAGCAGCUGCUGUUGCAGUCAUUGUCACAAAGCCACUGGUAUUAAAGUUCACAAUGAGGAAUUGUCGGCUAUAUAGAAAUAAUUACACUCAAAUUGAAAAUAAUUUAUGAAAUAAUGAGGAUUUCUAUCAUCCUAAUCGAGGUGUAGAUUACAUCUCACAUUCCAGUGUUCGAACUUGUAAACCAGGCUGAAUGGGAUUUCAGAAUAAGUGACUCCGUGCAGCCAAUGGCAAAGUCCACAUUAGGUGUAAUGCUUGGAGCCACUUGUGGAUUUGACAGCUUUAAAACAGUUUGACCUCUGACACCACUUGCUUUCUAAAGCGGAUCUGAUUGAAUAGAGCCCUAAAUCAGUUUCUUCCCUCAUUAAAACACUUAGUUGUAGGCUAAACAAACCUUUGCAAUAUAAAAUUAUAUGACUUUUCCUUCUAUUGCCGUACAGUUUGAGACACGUUAGGUUAGCUGUUGAGUCAAGUGUGUGAUUUAUAUUACUAUUAGUGCUGUGUUCCAUUUAAGUCAUGAUUCAAUAAAGCUUUAGAUAUGUAUAAAUG